UUUUUUGCGAUGGGACAUAUUUUCGAGUGUACCACUCGCUGGGACAAGCUGCAACUUACCAAUCUUCUGGCGACUUGUCUGAGAUUGAGAUAUCUGCUCAAAAGCACGUUAACAUUGUUUCUCUCAUGGGAGAUAAACGCCAGCGAGCAAGAGUCCAAGGCUGCUGGGCUAAACCACCGGUCAGACCAACAGCUGCCAAACCCAGCAGCCCCGCAGGUCCCUGUUCUGGAUCUACAUCAUGGAAAGCAGGGCCACGGACAUAUGAAUUUCAGCAGCCAUCCAAGCCCAUUCGAGACAUUCCUGAGGAGAAAGUUAUUGAGAAAGCUGGGGUGUAUGACAUCAGUCACCGCCCCUCAGGAGUGUCCCGGCUGCGGCUGUUCCCGGACUUCCUCCAGCAGGAGGAGGCAGACUGGAUGUUCAGUACCCUCCUUGCUGAACUUCCCUGGUCACAGAAGACCAACUACAGGCAAGGAGAGUCCUACGAAGAGCCUCGACUGACGUGCUGGUACGGAGAGCUGCCGUACACCUACUCCAACUCCACCCUGCAGGCCAAAGCAGAGUGGCAUCCAGUGCUGAGUGGUUUGCGCUCCUCCAUUGAGAGUCACAGUGGCGGCUCCUUCAACUCCCUCCUGUGUAACAUGUACCGUGACGGCAGGGACAGCAUCGCCUGGCACUCGGACAACGAGCCCUCACUGGGCGCUCGGCCCACCAUCGCCUCGCUCAGCCUAGGCGACACGCGCAUCUUCAGCCUCCGCAAGCAGCCUCCUCCGGAGGAGAAUGGUGACUAUACGUAUGUGGAGCGGCUGAGGAUCCCCUUGGCCCACGGCUCCCUGCUGAUGAUGGAGGGUUGCACUCAGGACGACUGGCAGCAUCAAGUGGCCAAAGAAUAUCACGAUCGAGGGCCCCGCAUCAACCUCACCUUCCGCACCAUCUACCCUGAGCCUUAACCAUGCCACGCAGACAGAGAGAGGUAGUCUGUGACAUCACUACAUUUUGAGGGAGACUGGAUGGGGAGAGAAAUGAGAACUGACACGUUCACUUCA